CAAGGAGCAGUCCACGCUGGACGACCUGCGCCAGGAGCUCCAGGCCGUGGAGGACAGGCAGAGCGCGCUGAAGCAGCAGAUGGGCGGCGCGCUGGAGGGACAGCAGCGGCACGCAGACCUGGAGAAGCAGGUGGAGCGGCUGCGCGCCGACGCCAAGCGCGACGCGGAGGAGCACGCGGAGCUGGGUCGCGAGCUGAGCGCCGUGCGGGCUGAGCGGGAGGCCGAGGAGUGCAGGGCGCGCGAGGCGGAGGCGGAGAGGGACGGGCUGCGGCAGGUCUUCGAAGAGAAGAAGCGCGGGCCCCAGCAGGACUCCGAGGGGCGAGCCACGCCGCAACAGCUCGCCGCGCUGCAGCGCGCGCGCGGACAGCGCGCCCGCGAGCUGUACGCCCUGCAGGUUGGCGGCCUCGAGGACCUGGAACCGCUGCCGCAGCUGGGCCCGCAGCGCCCCGCGCCUGAGGAGGCCUGCCUGCAGAGGUACGCGGAGCUCCGCCGGCGGCUCCUGCAGGAGUGGAGCGGCGUCCGCGUGGCGGACGCCUGCGCGGAAGGCGGCGGCUCGCUGGCCGAGGCCGUGCUGCGGCAGCGGGAGCGCGCGCAGGCGCUGCGGCUUCUGCUCUCCGAGGCCCAGGCCGAGGUCGCCGCCGCCCCAUGCGCGGAGGCAGCCGCCGUGUCCAGCGCCGCGCAACCCGCGGGCGCCAAGGCGGCGCGCCUGGAGCUCCACGUGCCGUGCCCCAGCUGGGCGCUCUCCGUGGCGCUGCGGGGGCCGGUCGCCGUGGGCCUGGGUCAGCUCCACGAGCUGCACCGCUGCGCUGCGGCCUGAGCGGCGCGCGCGCGAGCGCGAGCGCGUCAGGGAGGAGGG